CUUUACCCCAAAUACAUCUUCCCUUCAUUCCAACUCAAUUAGUCUUCUUUUCAUCUCUCUCUCUCUUGUCAAGAUGUCUAGCUAAGGAUCUCAUAUUAUCAUUGACUUUUGAAAAAAACUUGGAACCCUCACCAAAUAAACCACAUAUUUGUUUUGGCGGCCAUGGCUGACCAAACACUUCUUCCAAUUCCUAUUACAAUCUCCAUUACUUACGUUUCUCCUUUCAUCUGUCAUUGGAGAUGAGCAACGCAACGCCACCGGUUCCUACUGGAUUUCUUGGUUCUAAUAACAUUGGGAGCUUUAGUUAUGGCAUCGGAGUCUCAAUUGGAAUCCUACUUCUCAUCACAACCAUCACCUUGACUUCAUAUUUCUGCACGCGAAGCACGACUCCUCCUCCGGCCUCUGGAGGAAACCGCUGGAGCUACGCUCUGGAGCCACUGGAGGCAGCACAAUGUGUACUUGAUGUAGGACUAGAUGAUGAAACAAUCAAGAGCUAUCCAAAGCUAUUGUACUCUGAAGCCAAGCCUCCACAUACAUCAGACUCCACCGCGACUUGUUGCUCUAUAUGUUUGGCGGAUUAUAAGGGCAGUGAUUCGCUUAGGCUGCUGCCGGAUUGUGGGCAUCUCUUCCAUGUGAAGUGCGUUGACCCUUGGCUGAGAAUUCACCCAACAUGUCCUGUUUGUAGAACUUCUCCUCUUCCAACACCUCUCUCCACUCCUCUCUCUGAAGUCAUUCCCUUGGCAUCCAGGCAAGCUUGAUUGAUCGAUCGAUGAAAUUUCUUCUAUUCUUUCAUGUGCUUCAGCAGUCUCUUUGCGUUCUUAGACUCCUGUAAACAAUGUGUAGGGGAGGGGAGGUGUAAGAAAUAAGUACAGAAACUUUGUGUUUGAAUUUUGUUUUUUGUUUUGUAGUCAUUUUGCAGAAGAAAGUAAUGGAUAAUGAUAGAACAGGACCAUCUUAAUUGUUCCAUGCACGAUCAAACUCUCCC